UUUUAUUUGCAUUUCCUAGGAGAAAAAUUUGUCAAGUACUGGCCUACACAGUUUUUGUUGGUAGUUUGAGUCGAAUUUCUCUCCGUUUACGGAGCAGUGAUCAAGUGUUGGAGUUCUGGUUUACCUGUGGGAUUUGUGCGGAUUCCGCCUAAGUUUUCGUUGAUUUCUGAUUGCUGAGAUUGACUUGUGCUUUAUUCUCUUGGAAGUGGCCAUCGUCUUGUAGCUUCUCUCUAUUAGACUUCAUAUGCUGCUCAAUAUAAAUCAGUAAUACUCGAUAAGAAUUCAUAAAAUAUGGAGGCCACCUAUAAACCAAAGAGCAUCCUUAUUACCGGAGCGGCUGGAUUCAUUGCAUCCCAUGUCUGCAACAGGCUCACCAGAAAUUACCCAGAUUACAAAAUUGUUGUCCUUGACAAGCUUGAUUACUGUUCAAACUUGAAUAAUUUGAAUCCAUCUAGAUCAUCUCCCAACUUCAAGUUCAUCAAGGGAGAUAUUGGCAGCGCCGACCUUGUUAACUAUAUCAUCCUAACGGAAUCUAUUGAUACUAUAAUGCACUUUGCUGCCCAGACACAUGUUGACAACUCCUUCGGCAAUAGCUUUGAGUUCACCAAAAACAACAUUUAUGGCACCCAUGUCCUCCUAGAAGCCUGCAAAAACAAUGGUCGGAUCAGGAGGUUUAUUCAUGUCAGCACAGAUGAAGUCUACGGAGAGACAGAAGAAGAUGCCUUAGAGGGGAACCAUGAGGCUUCUCAGCUACUCCCCACAAACCCCUACUCUGCAACUAAAGCUGGGGCAGAAAUGCUUGUUAUGGCAUAUGGGCGAUCAUAUGGUUUACCCGUGAUAACUACAAGAGGUAACAACGUUUAUGGCCCCAACCAAUUCCCAGAAAAGUUGAUCCCAAAAAUGAUGUUAUUGGCCAUGAAAGGGAAGAUUCUUCCCAUUCAUGGAGAUGGAUCAAAUGUUAGGAGUUACCUCUACUGUGAAGACGUUGCCGAGGCAUUUGAAGUCGUUCUCCACAGGGGUGAACUAGGACAUGUCUACAACAUUGGAACGAAGAAAGAAAGAAGAGUGAUUGAUGUAGCCAAGGAGAUUUGCAGCCUUUUCUCUCUGAAUGCAGAUGCUCAUAUUAAAUUUGUAGAAAACAGGCCAUUCAACGACCAGAGAUACUACUUGGAUGAUCAAAAGCUUAAAAAGUUAGGGUGGUUCGAGAGGACAUCAUGGGAAGAGGGUCUAAGAAAGACGAUGGAUUGGUAUGCUGAAAAUCCUGACUGGUGGGGAGAUGUAUCAGGGGCACUUGUCCCUCAUCCAAGGAUGCUGAUGAUUCCCGGUAUUGAACGAAGAUCAGAUGGGCCGGAAAUUAACAAUUCUGCUGCUUCUUUCACACCAGAUAGUUCUACUCAAAAUGGGAUGAUAGUUCCUACUUCAAAGAGCAUUCACUCUACUCCGAAGCCAAAACUCAAGUUCCUCAUUUACGGUAAAACUGGAUGGAUUGGUGGUGUUCUGGGAAAGAUUUGUGAGAAGCAAGGGAUAAACUUUGAGUAUGGAAGAGGUCGUCUGGAGGAGCGAUCACAGCUUGUAGCUGAUAUUCAGAUGGUUAAACCAACUCAUGUUUUCAAUGCUGCAGGGAUAACUGGUAGACCCAAUGUGGACUGGUGUGAAACUCACAAAUCGGAGACAAUAAGGACCAAUGUUGUUGGCACGUUAACUUUGGCAGACGUAUGUAGAGAACAUGGCCUCCCACUGGUGAAUUAUGCCACUGGUUGCGUUUUCGAGUAUGAUAUUGCUCAUCCACUUGGGUCCGGGAUUGGAUUUAAGGAGGAGGAUAAGCCUAACUUUUCUGGCUCUUUCUACUCCAGAACUAAUGCCACGGUUGAGGAGCUUUUGCAAGAAUAUGACAAUGUUUGCACCCUCAGAAUCCGAAUGCCGGUAUCAUCCGAUUUGAGCAAUCCACGUAACUUCAUCACAAAGAUCGCAAAAUAUGACAAAGUGGUAGAUAUUCCCAACAGCAUCACUGUUUUGGAUGAGCUUCUACCAAUCUCAAUAGAGAUGGCCAAAAGGAACCUCAGAGGCAUAUGGAAUUUCACAAACCCUGGUGCUGUGAGUCAUAAUGAGAUUCUAAAUAUGUAUAAGAAAUACAUUAGACCCGACUUCAAAUGGGGAAAUUUUAGUUUGGAAGAGCAAGCCAAAAUUAUAGGCGCUAGGAGCAACAACGAACUGGAUGCCUCUAAGUUGAAAAAUGAGUUCCCUGAUCUGCUGUCAAUCAAGGACUCACUGAUAAAGUACGUAUUUGAGCCCAACAAGAAAAGCUUUGCUACAGAUUGAGAUACUUUCAGUUGUUUAGGUCAGAAAUGAGAGACGCACUUGUUCUCUCCCUCCCUCUCUCUUUCUUCUCUCUAUGUGCAGCCUUCUAAUGAAGUUUUAUGAGUUUAAUGUUUUGCUUUUUGGCCAUUAAUGAAGUUUAUGAGUUUAAUUUUUUGAUUU